UAAGUGGGCACAAGGCCAAAAAAUGGGCAAUUUUAUUUAAGUAAGGAAAACUCUAUUCAUUUGUUUUAUGUAGAUGGUAGAGAAAAGUUUCUCAUGUCCAUCUUCCAUUCUUAAAGAUGGAUUACUUAGAAGAAAAUGUAGGUUUAAAAUGUGGAAAAUGAUUGUAAUAAUAUAACCUAGAAAAAAAAGAUGUACAAAAAAAGUGCACUUUUAUUUCUUCUUUCUAGGUUCACAUUUAGUGCCAAAAGAUGUCUACUCUCCUGGAAAACAUCUUUGCCAUAAUUAAUCUUUUCAAGCAAUAUUCAAAAAAAGAUAAAAACACUGACACAUUGAGCAAAAAAGAGCUGAAGGAACUUCUGGAAAAGGAAUUUCGGCAAAUCCUGAAGAAUCCAGACGACCCAGAUACGGUUGAUGUCUUCAUGGAUCACUUGGAUAUAGACCACAACAAGAAAAUUGACUUCACUGAGUUUCUUCUGAUGGUAUUCAAGUUGGCUCAAGCAUACUAUGAGUCUACUAGAAAAGAGAAUUUACCGAUAUCAGGACACAAGCACAGAAAGCACAGUCAUCAUGAUAAACAUGAAGAUAAUAAAGAGGAAGAACACAAAGAAAACAGAAAAACACCCUCAAGUCUGGAAAGAAGAAACAAUAGAAAAGGGAAUAAGGGAAGAUCCAAGAGCCCAAGAGAAACAGGGGGGGAAAGGCAUGAAUCUAGUUCUGAAAAAAAAGAAAGAAAAGGAUAUUCGCCUACUCAAAGAGAAGAAGAAUAUAGAAAAAACCAUCAUAAGUCAAGUAAAAAAGAGAAAAACAAGACUGAAAAUACUAGAUUAGAAGACAAUAGGAAGAAGCUAAGUGAAAGACCUGAAGAGAAAGAAGACAAAGAAGAAGGAGGAUAUGAUUAUGAAAACACAGGAAGAAUGACUGAAAAAUUGACAGAAUCAGGCCAUAUUGCCACAUAUUACACAAUACAGGAUGAAGCCUAUGACAUUACUGAUAAUCUAUUAGAAGAAAACAAAAUAUAUGAAAGAUCAAGGUCAUCUGAUGACGAAUCAUCAUCGCAAGUGAACAGGUCAAGACAUGAAAAUACAAGACAGGUACCACUGCAUGAGUCCAGGACACGAAGGCAUAGGGGAUCCACUGUUAGCCAGGACAGUGACAGUGAGGGACACUCAGAAGACUCUGAGAGGCGGCCUGGGUCUGCUUCCAGAAACCAUCACGGAUCUGCUUGGGAGCAGUCAAGAGAUGGCUCCAGACACCCUGGGUCCCAUCAAGAAGACAGAGCCGGUCACGGGCACUCUGCCGACAGCUCCAGACAAUCAGGCACUCGUCACGCAGAUACUUCCUCUCAUGGACAGGCUGCGUCAUCCUAUGAACAGGCAAGAUCAAGUCCAGGAGAAAGACACGGAUCCCGCCACCAGCAGUCAGCAGACAGCUCCAGACACUCAGGCAUUGGGCAUGGACAAGCUUCAUCUGCAGUCAGCAACCAUGGACACCAGGGGUCCAGUGGUAGUCAGGUCAGUGACAGUGAGGGACAUUCAGAAGACUCAGACACACAAUCAGUGUCAGCCCACGGUCAGGCUGGGCCCAGACACCAGAGCCACCAAGAGUCCGUACAUGGCCGGUCAGGGGAAAGGUCUGGACGUUCAAGGUCUUUCCUCUACCAGGUGAGCACUCAUGAACAGUCUGAGUCCGCCCAUGGACGGACCGGGCCCAGCACUGGAGGAAGACAAGGAUCCCACCAGGAGCAGGCACAAGAAAGCUCCAGGCACUCAGCAUCCCAAGAGGGUCAGGACACCAUUCGUGGACACCCAGGGUCAAGCAGAGGAGGAAGGCAGGGAUCUCACCACGAGCAACAGGUAGAGAGCUCAGGACACUCAGGGUCUCAUCACAGCCACAACACAUCCCAGAGAAGGUCUGAUGCCUCCCGUGGGAAGUCAGGAUCCAGAAGUGCAAGCAGACAAACACGUAACGGAGAACAAUCAGGAGAAGACUCCAGACACUCAGGGUCGCGUCACCAUGAACCUUCCACUCAGGCCGACAGCUCUAGACACUCACAGGUGGGUCAGGGAGAAUCAGCGGGGUCCAGGACAAGCAGGCACCAAGGAUCCAGUGUUAGCCAGGACAGUGACAGUGAGGGACACUCAGAAGAUUCUGAGAGGCGGUCUGGGUCUGCUUCCAGAAACCAUCGUGGAUCUGCUCAGGAGCAGUCAAGAGAUGGCUCCAGACAACCCUGGUCCCAUCACGAAGACAGACCCGGUCAGGGACACUCUGCAGAGAGCUCCAGACAAUCAGGCUCUCAUCACGCAGAGACUUCCUCUCGUGGACAGGCUGCGUCAUCCCAUGAACAGGCAAGAUCAAGUCCAGGAGAAAGACACGGAUCCCGCCACCAGCAGUCAGCAGACAGCUCUAGACACUCAGGCAUUCGGCACGGACAAGCUUCAUCUGCAGUCAGAGACAGUGGACACCGGGGGUCCAGUGGUAAUCAGGCCAGUGAUAGUGAGGGACACUCAGAAGACUCAGACACACAGUCAGUGUCAGGCCAUGGACAGGCUGGGCCCCAUCAGCAGAGCCACCAAGAGUCUGCACGUGGACGGUCAGGGGAAAGGUCUGGACGUUCAGGGUCUUUCCUCUACCAGGUGAGCACUCAUGAACAGUCUGAGUCCACCCAUGGACGGACUGGGCCCAGCACUGGAGGAAGACAAAGAUCCCGCCAUGAGCAGGCACGAGACAGCUACAGGCACUCAGCGUCCGAAGAGGGUCAGGACACCAUUCGUGAACACCCGGAGUCAAGCAGAGGAGGAAGGCAGGGGUCCCACCAUGAGCAAUCGUUCGAUAGCUCUGGACACUCAGGGUCCCAACACAGCCACACCAUAUCCCACGGAAGGUCUCAUGCCUCUCGUGGGCAGUCAGGAUCCAGAAGUGCAAGCAGAACAACACGUAAUGAGGAACAAUCAGGAGACGGCUCCAGGCACUCAGGGUCGCGUCACUAUGAAGCUUCCACACGGGCUGACAGCUCUAGACACUCACAGGCGGGCCACGGACAAUCACAGGGGUCCAGGACAAGCAGGCACCAAGGAUCCAGUGUUAGCCAGGACAGUGACAGUGAGGGACACUCAGAAGAUUCUGAGAGGCGGUCUGGGUCUGCUUCCAGAAACCAUCGUGGAUCUGCUCAGGAGCAGUCAAGAGAUGGCUCCAGACAACCCUGGUCCCAUCACGAAGACAGAGCCGGUCAGGGACACUCUGCAGAGAGCUCCAGACAAUCAGGCUCUCAUCACGCAGAGACUUCCUCUCGUGGACAGGCUGCGCCAUCCCAUGAACAGGCAAGAUCAAGUCCAGGAGAAAGACACGGAUCCCGCCACCAGCAGUCAGCAGACAGCUCCCAACACUCAGGCACUGGGCACAGACAAGCUUCAUCUGCAGUCAGAGACAGUGGACACCGGGGGUCCAGUGGUAAUCAGGCCAGUGAUAGUGAGGGACACUCAGAAGACUCAGACACACAGUCAGUGUCAGCCCACGGACAGGCUGGGCCCCGUCACGAGAGCCACCGAGAGUCCGCACGUGGCCAGUCAGGGGAAAGGUCUGGACGUUCAGGGUCUUUCCUCUACCAGGUGAGCACUCAUGAACAGUCUGAGUCUGUCCAUGGACGGACCGGGCCCAGCACUGGAGGAAGACAAGGAUCCCGCCACGAGCGGGCACGAGACAGCUACAGGCACUCAGCGUCCCAGGAGGGUCAGGACACCAUUCGUGAACACCCGGAGUCAAGCAGAGGAGGAAGGCAGGGGUCCCACCAUGAGCAAUCGUUCGAUAGCUCUGGACACUCAGGGUCCCAACACAGCCACACCAUAUCCCACGGAAGGUCUCAUGCCUCUCGUGGGCAGUCAGGAUCCAGAAGUGCAAGCAGAACAACACGUAAUGAGGAACAAUCAGGAGACGGCUCCAGGCACUCAGGGUCGCGUCACUAUGAAGCUUCCACUCGGGCUGACAGCUCUAGACACUCACAGGCGGGCCACGGACAAUCACAGGGGUCCAGGACAAGCAGGCACCAAGGAUCCAGUGUUAGCCAGGACAGUGACAGUGAGGGACACUCAGAAGAUUCUGAGAGGCGGUCUGGGUCUGCUUCCAGAAACCAUCGUGGAUCUGCUCAGGAGCAGUCAAGAGAUGGCUCCAGACAACCCUGGUCCCAUCACGAAGACAGACCCGGUCAGGGACACUCUGCAGAGAGCUCCAGACAAUCAGGCUCUCAUCACGCAGAGACUUCCUCUCGUGGACAGGCUGCGUCAUCCCAUGAACAGGCAAGAUCAAGUCCAGGAGAAAGACACGGAUCCCGCCACCAGCAGUCAGCAGACAGCUCUAGACACUCAGGCAUUCGGCAUGGACAAGCUUCAUCUGCAGUCAGAGACAGUGGACACCGGGGGUCCAGUGGUAAUCAGGCCAGUGAUAGUGAGGGACACUCAGAAGACUCAGACACACAGUCAGUGUCAGGCCAUGGACAGGCUGGGCCCCAUCAGCAGAGCCACCAAGAGUCUGCACGUGGACGGUCAGGGGAAAGGUCUGGACGUUCAGGGUCUUUCCUCUACCAGGUGAGCACUCAUGAACAGUCUGAGUCCACCCAUGGACGGACUGGGCCCAGCACUGGAGGAAGACAAAGAUCCCGCCAUGAGCAGGCACGAGACAGCUACAGGCACUCAGCGUCCGAAGAGGGUCAGGACACCAUUCGUGAACACCCGGAGUCAAGCAGAGGAGGAAGGCAGGGGUCCCACCAUGAGCAAUCGUUCGAUAGCUCUGGACACUCAGGGUCCCAACACAGCCACACCAUAUCCCACGGAAGGUCUCAUGCCUCUCGUGGGCAGUCAGGAUCCAGAAGUGCAAGCAGAACAACACGUAAUGAGGAACAAUCAGGAGACGGCUCCAGGCACUCAGGGUCGCGUCACUAUGAAGCUUCCACACGGGCUGACAGCUCUAGACACUCACAGGCGGGCCACGGACAAUCACAGGGGUCCAGGACAAGCAGGCACCAAGGAUCCAGUGUUAGCCAGGACAGUGACAGUGAGGGACACUCAGAAGAUUCUGAGAGGCGGUCUGGGUCUGCUUCCAGAAACCAUCGUGGAUCUGCUCAGGAGCAGUCAAGAGAUGGCUCCAGACAACCCUGGUCCCAUCACGAAGACAGAGCCGGUCAGGGACACUCUGCAGAGAGCUCCAGACAAUCAGGCUCUCAUCACGCAGAGACUUCCUCUCGUGGACAGGCUGCGCCAUCCCAUGAACAGGCAAGAUCAAGUCCAGGAGAAAGACACGGAUCCCGCCACCAGCAGUCAGCAGACAGCUCCCAACACUCAGGCACUGGGCACAGACAAGCUUCAUCUGCAGUCAGAGACAGUGGACACCGGGGGUCCAGUGGUAAUCAGGCCAGUGAUAGUGAGGGACACUCAGAAGACUCAGACACACAGUCAGUGUCAGCCCACGGACAGGCUGGGCCCCGUCACGAGAGCCACCGAGAGUCCGCACGUGGCCAGUCAGGGGAAAGGUCUGGACGUUCAGGGUCUUUCCUCUACCAGGUGAGCACUCAUGAACAGUCUGAGUCUGUCCAUGGACGGACCGGGCCCAGCACUGGAGGAAGACAAGGAUCCCGCCACGAGCGGGCACGAGACAGCUACAGGCACUCAGCGUCCCAGGAGGGUCAGGACACCAUUCGUGAACACCCGGAGUCAAGCAGAGGAGGAAGGCAGGGGUCCCACCAUGAGCAAUCGUUCGAUAGCUCUGGACACUCAGGGUCCCAACACAGCCACACCAUAUCCCACGGAAGGUCUCAUGCCUCUCGUGGGCAGUCAGGAUCCAGAAGUGCAAGCAGAACAACACGUAAUGAGGAACAAUCAGGAGACGGCUCCAGGCACUCAGGGUCGCGUCACUAUGAAGCUUCCACUCGGGCUGACAGCUCUAGACACUCACAGGCGGGCCACGGACAAUCACAGGGGUCCAGGACAAGCAGGCACCAAGGAUCCAGUGUUAGCCAGGACAGUGACAGUGAGGGACACUCAGAAGAUUCUGAGAGGCGGUCUGGGUCUGCUUCCAGAAACCAUCGUGGAUCUGCUCAGGAGCAGUCAAGAGAUGGCUCCAGACAACCCUGGUCCCAUCACGAAGACAGACCCGGUCAGGGACACUCUGCAGAGAGCUCCAGACAAUCAGGCUCUCAUCACGCAGAGACUUCCUCUCGUGGACAGGCUGCGUCAUCCCAUGAACAGGCAAGAUCAAGUCCAGGAGAAAGACACGGAUCCCGCCACCAGCAGUCAGCAGACAGCUCUAGACACUCAGGCAUUCGGCAUGGACAAGCUUCAUCUGCAGUCAGAGACAGUGGACACCGGGGGUCCAGUGGUAAUCAGGCCAGUGAUAGUGAGGGACACUCAGAAGACUCAGACACACAGUCAGUGUCAGGCCAUGGACAGGCUGGGCCCCAUCAGCAGAGCCACCAAGAGUCUGCACGUGGACGGUCAGGGGAAAGGUCUGGACGUUCAGGGUCUUUCCUCUACCAGGUGAGCACUCAUGAACAGUCUGAGUCCACCCAUGGACGGACUGGGCCCAGCACUGGAGGAAGACAAAGAUCCCGCCAUGAGCAGGCACGAGACAGCUACAGGCACUCAGCGUCCGAAGAGGGUCAGGACACCAUUCGUGAACACCCGGAGUCAAGCAGAGGAGGAAGGCAGGGGUCCCACCAUGAGCAAUCGUUCGAUAGCUCUGGACACUCAGGGUCCCAACACAGCCACACCAUAUCCCACGGAAGGUCUCAUGCCUCUCGUGGGCAGUCAGGAUCCAGAAGUGCAAGCAGAACAACACGUAAUGAGGAACAAUCAGGAGACGGCUCCAGGCACUCAGGGUCGCGUCACUAUGAAGCUUCCACACGGGCUGACAGCUCUAGACACUCACAGGCGGGCCACGGACAAUCACAGGGGUCCAGGACAAGCAGGCACCAAGGAUCCAGUGUUAGCCAGGACAGUGACAGUGAGGGACACUCAGAAGAUUCUGAGAGGCGGUCUGGGUCUGCUUCCAGAAACCAUCGUGGAUCUGCUCAGGAGCAGUCAAGAGAUGGCUCCAGACAACCCUGGUCCCAUCACGAAGACAGAGCCGGUCAGGGACACUCUGCAGAGAGCUCCAGACAAUCAGGCUCUCAUCACGCAGAGACUUCCUCUCGUGGACAGGCUGCGCCAUCCCAUGAACAGGCAAGAUCAAGUCCAGGAGAAAGACACGGAUCCCGCCACCAGCAGUCAGCAGACAGCUCCCAACACUCAGGCACUGGGCACAGACAAGCUUCAUCUGCAGUCAGAGACAGUGGACACCGGGGGUCCAGUGGUAAUCAGGCCAGUGAUAGUGAGGGACACUCAGAAGACUCAGACACACAGUCAGUGUCAGGCCAUGGACAGGCUGGGCCCCAUCAGCAGAGCCACCAAGAGUCUGCACGUGGACGGUCAGGGGAAAGGUCAGGACGUUCAGGGUCUUUCCUCUACCAGGUGAGCACUCAUGAACAGUCUGAGUCUGUCCAUGGACGGACCGGGCCCAGCACUGGAGGAAGACAAGGAUCCCGCCACGAGCGGGCACGAGACAGCUACAGGCACUCAGCGUCCCAGGAGGGUCAGGACACCAUUCGUGAACACCCGGAGUCAAGCAGAGGAGGAAGGCAGGGGUCCCACCAUGAGCAAUCGUUCGAUAGCUCUGGACACUCAGGGUCCCAACACAGCCACACCAUAUCCCACGGAAGGUCUCAUGCCUCUCGUGGGCAGUCAGGAUCCAGAAGUGCAAGCAGAACAACACGUAAUGAGGAACAAUCAGGAGACGGCUCCAGGCACUCAGGGUCGCGUCACUAUGAAGCUUCCACUCGGGCUGACAGCUCUAGACACUCACAGGCGGGCCACGGACAAUCACAGGGGUCCAGGACAAGCAGGCACCAAGGAUCCAGUGUUAGCCAGGACAGUGACAGUGAGGGACACUCAGAAGAUUCUGAGAGGCGGUCUGGGUCUGCUUCCAGAAACCAUCGUGGAUCUGCUCAGGAGCAGUCAAGAGAUGGCUCCAGACAACCCUGGUCCCAUCACGAAGACAGAGCCGGUCAGGGACACUCUGCAGAGAGCUCCAGACAAUCAGGCUCUCAUCACGCAGAGACUUCCUCUCGUGGACAGGCUGCGUCAUCCCAUGAACAGGCAAGAUCAAGUCCAGGAGAAAGACACGGAUCCCGCCACCAGCAGUCAGCAGACAGCUCCCAACACUCAGGCACUGGGCACAGACAAGCUUCAUCUGCAGUCAGAGACAGUGGACACCGGGUGUCCAGUGGUAAUCAGGCCAGUGAUAGUGAGGGACACUCAGAAGACUCAGACACACAGUCAGUGUCAGGCCAUGGAGAGGCUGGGCCCCAUCAGCAGAGCCACCAAGAGUCUGCACGUGGACAGUCAGGGGAAAGGUCAGGACGUUCAGGGUCUUUCCUCUACCAGGUGAGCACUCAUGAACAGUCUGAGUCUGUCCAUGGACGGACCGGGCCCAGCACUGGAGGAAGACAAGGAUCCCGCCACGAGCGGGCACGAGACAGCUACAGGCACUCAGCGUCCCAGGAGGGUCAGGACACCAUUCGUGAACACCCGGAGUCAAGCAGAGGAGGAAGGCAGGGGUCCCACCAUGAGCAAUCGUUCGAUAGCUCUGGACACUCAGGGUCCCAACACAGCCACACCAUAUCCCACGGAAGGUCUCAUGCCUCUCGUGGGCAGUCAGGAUCCAGAAGUGCAAGCAGAACAACACGUAAUGAGGAACAAUCAGGAGACGGCUCCAGGCACUCAGGGUCGCGUCACUAUGAAGCUUCCACUCGGGCUGACAGCUCUAGACACUCACAGGCGGGCCACGGACAAUCACAGGGGUCCAGGACAAGCAGGCACCAAGGAUCCAGUGUUAGCCAGGACAGUGACAGUGAGGGACACUCAGAAGAUUCUGAGAGGCGGUCUGGGUCUGCUUCCAGAAACCAUCGUGGAUCUGCUCAGGAGCAGUCAAGAGAUGGCUCCAGACAACCCUGGUCCCAUCACGAAGACAGACCCGGUCAGGGACACUCUGCAGAGAGCUCCAGACAAUCAGGCUCUCAUCACGCAGAGACUUCCUCUCGUGGACAGGCUGUGUCAUCGCAUGAACAGGCAAGAUCAAGUCCAGGAGAAAGACACGGAUCCCGCCACCAGCAGUCAGCAGACAGCUCUAGACACUCAGGCAUUCGGCACGGACAAGCUUCAUCUGCAGUCAGAGACAGUGGACACCGGGGGUCCAGUGGUAAUCAGGCCAGUGAUAGUGAGGGACACUCAGAAGACUCAGACACACAGUCAGUGUCAGGCCAUGGACAGGCUGGGCCCCAUCAGCAGAGCCACCAAGAGUCGGCACGUGGACGGUCAGGGGAAAGGUCUGGACGUUCAGGGUCUUUCCUCUACCAGCUGAGCACUCACGAACAGUCAGAGUCUGCCCAUGGACGGACCAGGUCCAGCACUGGAGGAACACGAGGAUCCCGCCACGAGCAGGCACGAGACAGCUACAGGCACUCAGCGUCCCAAGAGGGUCAGGACACCAUUCGUGAACACCCGGAGUCAAGCAGAGGAGGAAGGCAGGGGUCCCACCAUGAGCAAUCGUUCGAUAGCUCUGGACACUCAGGGUCCCAACACAGCCACACCAUAUCCCACGGAAGGUCUCAUGCCUCUCGUGGGCAGUCAGGAUCCAGAAGUGCAAGCAGAACAACACGUAAUGAGGAACAAUCAGGAGACGGCUCCAGGCACUCAGGGUCGCGUCACUAUGAAGCUUCCACUCGGGCUGACAGCUCUAGACACUCACAGGCGGGCCACGGACAAUCACAGGGGUCCAGGACAAGCAGGCACCAAGGAUCCAGUGUUAGCCAGGACAGUGACAGUGAGGGACACUCAGAAGAUUCUGAGAGGCGGUCUGGGUCUGCUUCCAGAAACCAUCGUGGAUCUGCUCAGGAGCAGUCAAGAGAUGGCUCCAGACAACCCUGGUCCCAUCACGAAGACAGACCCGGUCAGGGACACUCUGCAGAGAGCUCCAGACAAUCAGGCUCUCAUCACGCAGAGACUUCCUCUCGUGGACAGGCUGUGUCAUCCCAUGAACAGGCAAGAUCAAGUCCAGGAGAAAGACACGGAUCCCGCCACCAGCAGUCAGCAGACAGCUCUAGACACUCAGGCAUUCGGCACGGACAAGCUUCAUCUGCAGUCAGAGACAGUGGACACCGGGUGUCCAGUGGUAAUCAGGCCAGUGAUAGUGAGGGGCACUCAGAAGACUCAGACACACAGUCAGUGUCAGGCCAUGGACAGGCUGGGCCCCAUCAGCAGAGCCACCAAGAGUCUGCACGUGGACGGUCAGGGGAAAGGUCUGGACGUUCAGGGUCUUUCCUCUACCAGCUGAGCACUCACGAACAGUCAGAGUCUGCCCAUGGACGGACCAGGUCCAGCACUGGAGGAACACGAGGAUCCCGCCACGAGCAGGCACGAGACAGCUCCAGGCACUCAGCGUCCCAAGAGGGUCAGGACACCAUUCGUGAACACCCGGAGUCAAGCAGAGGAGGAAGGCAGGGGUCCCACCACGAGCAAUCGUUCGAUAGCUCUGGACACUCAGGGUCCCAACACAGCCACACCACAUCCCACGGAAGGUCUCAUGCCUCUCGUGGGCAGUCAGGAUCCAGAAGUGCAAGCAGAACAACACGUAAUGAGGAACAAUCAGGAGACGGCUCCAGGCACUCAGGGUCGCGUCACUAUGAAGCUUCCACUCGGGCUGACAGCUCUAGACACUCACAGGCGGGCCAGGGACAAUCACAGGGGUCCAGGACAAGCAGGCACCAAGGAUCCAGUGUUAGCCAGGACAGUGACAGUGAGGGACACUCAGAAGAUUCUGAGAGGCGGUCUGGGUCUGCUUCCAGAAACCAUCGUGGAUCUGCUCAGGAGCAGUCAAGAGAUGGCUCCAGACAACCCUGGUCCCAUCACGAAGACAGAGCUGGUCAGGGACACUCUGCAGAGAGCUCCAGACAAUCAGGCUCUCAUCACGCAGAGACUUCCUCUCGUGGACAGGCUGUGUCAUCCCAUGAACAGGCAAGAUCAAGUCCAGGAGAAAGACACGGAUCCCGCCACCAGCAGUCAGCAGACAGCUCCCAACACUCAGGCACUGGGCACAGACAAGCUUCAUCUGCAGUCAGAGACAGUGGACACCGGGGGUCUAGUGGUAAUCAGGCCAGUGAUAGUGAGGGACACUCAGAAGACUCAGACACACAGUCAGUGUCAGGCCAUGGACAGGCUGGGCCCCAUCAGCAGAGCCACCAAGAGUCUGCACGUGGACGGUCAGGGGAAAGGUCUGGACGUUCAGGGUCUUUCCUCUACGAGGUGAGCACUCAUGAACAGUCUGAGUCUGUCCAUGGACGGACCGGGCCCAGCACUGGAGAUAGACAAGGAUCCCGCCACGAGCGGGCACGAGACAGCUACAGGCACUCAGCGUCCCAGGAGGGUCAGGAAACCAUUCGUGAACACCCGGAGUCAAGCAGAGGAGGAAGGCAGGGGUCCCACCAUGAGCAAUCGUUUGAUAGCUCUGGACACUCAGGGUCCCAACACAGCCACACCAUAUCCCACGGAAGGUCUCAUGCCUCUCGUGGGCAGUCAGGAUCCAGAAGUGCAAGCAGAACAACACGUAAUGAGGAACAAUCAGGAGACGGCUCCAGGCACUCAGGGUCGCGUCACUAUGAAGCUUCCACUCGGGCUGACAGCUCUAGACACUCACAGGCGGGCCAGGGACAAUCACAGGGGUCCAGGAAAAGCAGGCACCAAGGAUCCAGUGUUAGCCAGGACAGUGACAGUGAGGGACACUCAGAAGAUUCUGAGAGGCGGUCUGGGUCUGCUUCCAGAAACCAUCGUGGAUCUGCUCAGGAGCAGUCAAGAGAGGGCUCCAGACAACCCUGGUCCCAUCACGAAGACAGACCCGGUCAGGGACACUCUGCAGAGAGCUCCAGACAAUCAGGCUCUCAUCACGCAGAGACUUCCUCUCGUGGACAGGCUGCGUCAUCCCAUGAACAGGCAAGAUCAAGUCCAGGAGAAAGACACGGAUCCCGCCACCAGCAGUCAGCAGACAGCUCUAGACACUCAGGCAUUCGGCAUGGACAAGCUUCAUCUGCAGUCAGAGACAGUGGACACCGGGGGUCCAGUGGUAAUCAGGCCAGUGAUAGUGAGGGACACUCAGAAGACUCAGACACACAGUCAGUGUCAGGCCAUGGACAGGCUGGGCCCCAUCAGCAGAGCCACCAAGAGUCUGCACGUGGACGGUCAGGGGAAAGGUCUGGACGUUCAGGGUCUUUCCUCUACCAGCUGAGCACUCACGAACAGUCAGAGUCUGCCCAUGGACGGACCAGGUCCAGCACUGGAGGAACACGAGGAUCCCGCCACGAGCAGGCACGAGACAGCUCCAGGCACUCAGCGUCCCAAGAGGGUCAGGACACCAUUCGUGAACACCCGGAGUCAAGCAGAGGAGGAAGGCAGGGGUCCCACCACGAGCAAUCGUUCGAUAGCUCUGGACACUCAGGGUCCCAACACAGCCACACCACAUCCCACGGAAGGUCUCAUGCCUCUCGUGGGCAGUCAGGAUCCAGAAGUGCAAGCAGAACAACACGUAAUGAGGAACAAUCAGGAGACGGCUCCAGGCACUCAGGGUCGCGUCACUAUGAAGCUUCCACUCGGGCUGACAGCUCUAGACACUCACAGGCGGGCCAGGGACAAUCACAGGGGUCCAGGACAAGCAGGCACCAAGGAUCCAGUGUUAGCCAGGACAGUGACAGUGAGGGACACUCAGAAGAUUCUGAGAGGCGGUCUGGGUCUGCUUCCAGAAACCAUCGUGGAUCUGCUCAGGAGCAGUCAAGAGAUGGCUCCAGACAACCCUGGUCCCAUCACGAAGACAGAGCUGGUCAGGGACACUCUGCAGAGAGCUCCAGACAAUCAGGCUCUCAUCACGCAGAGACUUCCUCUCGUGGACAGGCUGUGUCAUCCCAUGAACAGGCAAGAUCAAGUCCAGGAGAAAGACACGGAUCCCGCCACCAGCAGUCAGCAGACAGCUCCCAACACUCAGGCACUGGGCACAGACAAGCUUCAUCUGCAGUCAGAGACAGUGGACACCGGGGGUCUAGUGGUAAUCAGGCCAGUGAUAGUGAGGGACACUCAGAAGACUCAGACACACAGUCAGUGUCAGGCCAUGGACAGGCUGGGCCCCAUCAGCAGAGCCACCAAGAGUCUGCACGUGGACGGUCAGGGGAAAGGUCUGGACGUUCAGGGUCUUUCCUCUACGAGGUGAGCACUCAUGAACAGUCUGAGUCUGUCCAUGGACGGACCGGGCCCAGCACUGGAGAUAGACAAGGAUCCCGCCACGAGCGGGCACGAGACAGCUACAGGCACUCAGCGUCCCAGGAGGGUCAGGAAACCAUUCGUGAACACCCGGAGUCAAGCAGAGGAGGAAGGCAGGGGUCCCACCAUGAGCAAUCGUUUGAUAGCUCUGGACACUCAGGGUCCCAACACAGCCACACCAUAUCCCACGGAAGGUCUCAUGCCUCUCGUGGGCAGUCAGGAUCCAGAAGUGCAAGCAGAACAACACGUAAUGAGGAACAAUCAGGAGACGGCUCCAGGCACUCAGGGUCGCGUCACUAUGAAGCUUCCACUCGGGCUGACAGCUCUAGACACUCACAGGCGGGCCAGGGACAAUCACAGGGGUCCAGGAAAAGCAGGCACCAAGGAUCCAGUGUUAGCCAGGACAGUGACAGUGAGGGACACUCAGAAGAUUCUGAGAGGCGGUCUGGGUCUGCUUCCAGAAACCAUCGUGGAUCUGCUCAGGAGCAGUCAAGAGAGGGCUCCAGACAACCCUGGUCCCAUCACGAAGACAGACCCGGUCAGGGACACUCUGCAGAGAGCUCCAGACAAUCAGGCUCUCAUCACGCAGAGACUUCCUCUCGUGGACAGGCUGCGUCAUCCCAUGAACAGGCAAGAUCAAGUCCAGGAGAAAGACACGGAUCCCGCCACCAGCAGUCAGCAGACAGCUCCAGACACUCAGGCAUUUGGCACGGACAAGCUUCAUCUGCAGUCAGAGACAGUGGACACCGGGGGUCCAGUGGUAAUCAGGCCAGUGGUAGUCAGGGACACUCUGAAGACUCAGACACACAGUCAGUGUCAGGCCAUGGACAGGCUGGGCCCCAUCAGCAGAGCCACCAAGAGUCUGCACGUGGACGGUCAGGGGAAAGGUCUGGACGUUCAGGGUCUUUCCUCUACCAGGUGAGCACUCAUGAACAGUCUGAGUCUGUCCAUGGACGGACCGGGCCCAGCACUGGAGGAAGACAAGGAUCCCGCCACGAGCUGGCACGAGACAGCUCCAGGCACUCAGUGUCCCAAGAGGGUCAGGACACCAUUCGUGGACACCCGGGGUCAAGCAGAGGAGGACAGCAGGGAUCCCACCACGAGCAAUCGGUAGAUAGGUCUGGACACUCAGAGUCCCAUCACAGCCACACCACAUCCCAGGGAAGGUCUGAUGCCUCCCAUGGGCAGUCAGGAUCCAGAAGUGCAAGCAGACAAACUCGUAAUGAAGAACAAUCAGGAGACGGCUCCAGGCACUCAGCGUCGCAUCACCACGACGCUUCCGCUCGGGCCAAUAGCUCCAGACACUCACAGGUGGGCCAGGGACAUUCAGUGGGGUCCAGGACAAGCAGGCACCAGGGAUCCAGUGUUAGCCAGGACAGCGACAGUGAGGGACGCUCAGAAGACUCUGAGAGGUGGUCUGGGUCUUCUUCCAGAAACCAUCAUGGAUCUGCUCAGGAGCAGUCAAGAGAUGUCUCCAGAAACCCCGGGUCCCAUCAAGAAGACAGAGCCAGUCACAGGCACUCUGCAGAGAGCCCCAGACAAUCAGGCAUUCCUCAUGCAGAGACUUCCUCUCCUGGACAGGCUGCGUCAUCCCAGGAACAGGCAAGAUCAAGUCCCGGAGAAAGACACAGAUCCCGCCACCAGCAGUCAGCAGACAGCUCCAGACACUCAGGCAUUGGGCAAAGACAAGCUUCAUCUGCAGUCAGACACAGUGGACACCGAGGGUCCAGUGGUAGUCAGGCCAGUGACAGUGAGGGACAUUCAGAAAACUCAGACACACAGUCAGUGUCAGCCCACGGACAGGCUGGGCCCCGUCACGAGAGCCACCGAGAGUCCGCACGUGGCCAGUCAGGGGAAAGGUCUGGACGUUCAGGGUCUUUCCUCUACCAGGUGAGCACUCAUGAACAGUCUGAGUCCACUCAUGGACGGACUGGGCCCAGCACUGGAGGAAGACAAGGAUCCCGCGAUGAGCAGGCACGAGACAGCUACAGGCACUCAGCGUCCCAAGAGGGUCAGGACACCAUUCGUGAACACCAGGAGUCAAGCAGAGGAGGAAGGCAGGGGUCCCACCAUGAGCAAUCGUUCGAUAGCUCUGGACACUCAGGGUCCCAACACAGCCACACCACAUCCCACGGAAGGUCUCAUGCCUCUCGUGGGCAGUCAGGAUCCAGAAGUGCAAGCAGAACAACACGUAAUGAAGAACAAUCAGGAGACGGCUCCAGGCACUCAGGGUCGCGUCACUAUGAAGCUUCCACUCGGGCUGACAGCUCUAGACACUCACAGGCGGGCCAGGGACAAUCACAGGGGUCCAGGACAAGCAGGCACCAAGGAUCCAGUGUUAGCCAGGACAGUGACAGUGAGGGACACUCAGAAAAUUCUGAGAGGCGAUCUGGGUCUGCUUCCAGAAACCAUCGUGGAUCUGCUCAGGAGCAGUCAAGAGAUGGCUCCAGACAACCCUGGUCCCAUCACGAAGACAGAGCUGGUCAGGGACACUCUGCAGAGAGCUCCAGACAAUCAGGCUCUCAUCACGCAGAGACUUCCUCUCGUGGACAGGCUGCGUCAUCCCAUGAACAGGCAAGAUCAAGUCCAGGAGAAAGACAUGGAUCCCACCACCAGCAGUCAGCAGACAGCUCUAGACACUCAGGCAUUCGGCACGGACAAGCUUCAUCUGCAGUCAGAGACAGUGGACACUGGGGGUCCAGUGGUAAUCAGGCCAGUGAUAGUGAGGGGCACUCAGAAGACUCAGACACACAGUCAGUGUCAGGCCAUGGACAGGCUGGGCCCCAUCAGCAGAGCCACCAAGAGUCUGCACGUGGACGGUCAGGGGAAAUGUCUGGACGUUCAGGGUCUUUCCUCUACCAGGUGAGCACUCAUGAACAGUCAGAGUCUGCCCAUGGACGGACCAGGUCCAGCACUGGAGGAACACGAGGAUCCCGCCACGAGCAGGCACGAGACAGCUCCAGGCACUCAGCGUCCCAUGAGGGUCAGGACACCAUUCGUGAACACACGGGGUCAAGCAGAGGAGGAAGGCAGGGAUCCCACCACGAGCAAUCAGUAGACAGCUCUGGAUACUCAGGGUCCCAUCACAGCCACAACACAUCCCAGGGAAGGUCUCAGGCAUCCCGUGGGCAGUCAGGAUCCAGAAGUGCAAGCAGACAAACACGUGAUGAGGAACAGAUAGGAGAUGGCUCCAGGCACUUAGGGUCACGUCACCAUGAGGCUUCCACUCAGGCCAACAGCUCUAGACACUCACAGUCCAGCCAGGGAGAAUCAGCGGGGUCCAGGAGUAGCAGGCACCAGGGAUCCAGUGUUAGCCAGGACAGUGACAGUGAGGGACACUCAGAGGACUCUGAGCGGCGGUCUGAGUCUGCUUCCAGAAACCAUCAUGGAUCUUCUCGGGAGCAGUCAGGAGAUGCCCCCAGACACCCCGGAUCCUAUCCCCGCGAUACAACCAGUCAUGUACAGUCUUCAUCUGUACAGUCAGACUCUAGUACCACUAAGGAACAUGGUCACUUUAGUAGUCUUUCACAAGAUUCUGCGUAUCGCUCAGGAAUACAGUCACGUGGCAGUCCUCACAGUUCUAGUUCUUAUGAUUAUCAAUCUGAGGGCACUGAAAGGCAAAAAGGUCAAUCAGGUUUAGUUUGGCGACAUGGCAGCUAUGGUAGUGCAGAUUAUGAUUAUGGUGAAUCUGGGUUUAGACACUCUCAGCACAGAAGUGUUAGUUACAAUUCCAAUCCUGUUGUUUUCAAGAAAAGAUCUGAUAUCUGUAAAGCAAGUGCAUUUGGUAAAGAUCACCCAAGGUAUUAUGCAACUUAUAUUAAUAAGGACCCAGGUUUAUAUGGCCAUUCUAGUGAUAUAUCAAAACAACUGGGAUUUAGUCAGUCACAGAGAUACUAUUACUAUGAGUAAGAAAUUAAUGGCAAAGGAAUUAAUCCAAGAAUAGAAGAAUGAAGCAAGUUCACUUUCAAUCAAAAAACUUCAUAAUACUUUCAGGGAAGUUAUCUUUUCCUGUCAAUCUGUUUAAAAUAUGCUAUAGUAUUUCAUUAGUUUGGUGGUAGUUUAUUUUUAUUGUUUAAUGAUCCUUAAACUCUAUAUUUCAGAAAUAUUAAGUGGAAGAAAUCAAUAUCAUGGAGAGCUAACUUUAUAAAACUAGUUGGAGUAUUUUAGGAGAUUCUGGGUCAAGUAAUGUUUUAUGUUUUUGAAAGUUUAAAUUUUAGAUACUCUCCAAAUUUCUAAAUUAAUCUUUUUCAGAAAUAUCGAAGGAGCCAAAAAUAUAAAACAGUUCUGUAUACCAAAGUGGCUAUAUCGACAUCAGGGCUAGCACAUCUUUCUCUAUUAUCCUUCUAUUGGAAUUCUAUUACUCUGUAUUCAAAAAAAUCAUCUUAGACAUAAUAUUUUAGCAAGCUGCAUCUAAAUUAAAAAUAAACUAUUCAUCAUAUAACACUGUUUGUCUCUUGUAUGCUUAUUUGUCAUAAACACAAAUUACAUACUUCCCCAUGGCCAGAAUUAGAUGUCUUCUAUAUCAUUGGAAAGCUAUAUGACCAUAGAGCAGAUACAUUCCAUUCAAAAUAACAAGUAAUUAAUAAUGAAAGACAAAAUUUAAUCAAGGCCUAUAUUUUUCUCC